AGUAGUUUAGACAAGCAUGUGCAAAGAGAGACCAAAAAAAAAGUUGCAGAGUGGUGUACGGGCAGACAGAAGAGGCAAGCGUGGGUCUGGGAGGCAGGCCUGGCAGCCCCGGAGAGGUUCAAGGCUAGAUCAGGGAGGGGCCUUGUGUGCUGAACCCGGGAACCUGGCUUUUAUCCAGAAUGUCAAGCCAACCCCAAACCUACUGAGGGCCCUGAGGUGGGGAUGUGAGAAGGCAGGUGUGUGUUUUAGAGACCUCAUUUUUUUAGUGUUGGGCAUGUGGCACGAAAAGGGACCAGGUGGUUGGCAGGGAGACCAGAGAGGAAACAGUUACAGGUGACAGAGGAAUGUUUAUUUAACCACCGUGGAGCACCUGCUCCUUGCUAAUCACUGGUCUGUGUGCUGCGGAUCCUGCAUGGGCCAGGACACACAGGCCCCUCCUUUUCAGGGAGCUGGGAGUGAUCCUGGAAGUGACAGACGGGGCAAGAGCCCACAGAGAAGAGGAAUGUGAACGAGGCAGGAUCUAAGGACUUGAAGCAUACUGCAGCAGAAUGAAAGCAUUUAUUCUGAGGCCUCAAAAGUCGUGCUGCCCUAGACCAUGAGCAAGAAGGCGUGGACUUCAGCCUGCACGGAUGGUCUGGAAACACAAACGGCCGUGGGUCUAGCCAUUUUACCCUGAGUUUCUCAACUGCCACCCCUUCCACUCCAGCAAAAUCGGUGUGGAGAGAUCUGCGGGGAAGGAACUGACUGCUUAUGUGUCUCCAGUGUGAUGAAAGCACAUGGUACAGUUUUCCAAAGAAAUUAGUCCUUUUUCUGGGUGAAACGAAACCAGUUUGCUGUUUUCCUAGGGGAUUUCUCACUCCUCUGGAAGGAAGAAAGAACACGCCUGAGCCCGGGAGCGCUCCAGCUUCUUGUGGGGAGUCUCUAUGGUGAAGGCUCAGCCCCCGCUACCUUCGAACAGCGCGCAGUGAAUGUCAUUCCAGAGCUGCUGCGGGCCGAUCGCACCCACGGGGAGAUGAUUCCUCAUGAAGAGCCUGGAUCCCCUACAGAAAUCAAAUGUGACUUUCCAUGUAUCAGACUAAAACCAGAGCCAGCCAGACAGUGAAACAGUCACCGUGGAGGGGGGACGGCGAAAAAUGAAAUCCAACCAAGAGCGGAGCAACGAAUGCCUGCCUCCCAAGAAGCGCGAGAUCCCCGCCACCAGCCGGCCUUCCGAGGAGAAGGCCGUCCCGCCGCCGAGCGACAACCACCGGGCGGAGGCCGUGGCAUGGCUCCCGGGCAACCCCGGGGGCCGCGCCCAUGGGGGCGGCCGGCACGGCCCGCCAGGGACUUCCGUGGAGCUGGGUUUACAACAGGGAAUAGGUUUACACAAAGCGCUGUCCACGGGGCUGGACUACUCCCCGCCCAGCGCGCCCAGGUCUGUCCCGGCGACCAGCACGCUGCCCGCGGCGUACCCUCCCCCGCAGUCGGGGACGCCCGUGUCCCCCGUGCAGUACGCCCACCUGCCACACACCUUCCAGUUCAUCGGGUCCUCCCAGUACAGUGGGCCCUACACCGGGUUCAUCCCUUCACAGCUGAUCUCCCCGACGGCCAGCCCCGUCACCAGUGCCGUGGCCUCUGCCGCGGGGGCCACCACUCCAUCCCAGCGCUCCCAGCUGGAGGCCUAUUCCACUCUGCUGGCCAACAUGGGCAGUCUGAGCCAAGCCUCAGGACACAAGGCUGAGCAGCAGCAGCAGCAGCACCUGGGCAGGACGCCGGGGCUCAUCACCCCGGGGUCCCCUCCACCCACCCCGCAGAACCAGUACGUCCACAUCUCCAGCUCUCCGCAGAGCGCCGGGCGCACGGCCUCCCCUCCGGCCAUCCCCGUCCACCUCCACCCGCACCAGACGAUGAUCCCACACACGCUCACCCUGGGGCCCUCCCCCCAGGUCGUAGUGCAAUACACCGACUCCGGCAGCCACUUCGUGCCCCGCGAGGCCGCCAAGAAAGCCGAGAGCGGCCGGCUGCAGCAGACCAUGCAGGCCAAGGAGCUCCUGAACGGGGAGGUGGAGAAGGGCCGGAGGUACGGGGCCCCCAGCUCGGCCGACCUGGGCCUGGUGAAGGCCGGCAAGUCCCUUCCUCACCCGUACGAGUCCAGGCACGUGGUGGUCCACCCCAGCGCCGCCGACUACGGCGGCCGGGACUCCUCGGGGGUCCGGGCCUCUGUGAUGGUCCUGCCCACCAGCAACACCCCCGCCACCGACCUAGAGGUGCAGCAGGUGGCGCACCGGGAGGCUUCCCCCUCCACCCUCAACGACAAAAGCGGCCUGCACCUGGGGAAGCCCGCGCACCGGUCCUACGCGCUGUCCCCCCAACAGGCUCUGGGCCCCGAAGGCGUGAAGGCCGCCGCCGUGGCCACGCUGUCCCCCCACACGGUCAUCCAGACCCCGCACAGCGCUUCAGAGCCCCUCCCGGUGGGACUGCCAGCCACCGCCUUCUACGCGGGGACGCAGGCGCCGGUCAUCGGCUACCUGAGCGGCCAGCAGCAAGCGAUCACGUACGCCGGCAGCCUGCCCCAGCACCUGGUGAUCCCCGGCACGCAGCCGCUGCUCAUCCCGGUGGGCAGCGCGGAUGUGGAGGGCUCGGGAGCGGCCCCCGCGAUAGCCACGUCGUCGCCGCAGUUCGCGGCCAUGCCUCACACGUUCGUCACCACCACCCUUCCCAAGAGCGAGAACUUCAGCCCGGAGGCCCUGGUCACGCAGGCCGCCUACCCCGCCAUGGUGCAGGCCCAGAUCCACCUGCCGGUGGUGCAGUCGGUGGCGUCCCCCGCCGCGGCACCCCCCACGCUGCCCCCCUACUUCAUGAAAGGCUCCAUCAUCCAGCUGGCCAACGGGGAGCUGAAGAAGGUGGAGGACCUGAAGACGGAAGACUUCAUCCAGAGCGCGGAGAUCAGCAGCGAUCUGAAGAUCGACUCCAGCACGGUGGAGAGGAUCGAGGACAGCCACCACCCGGGCGUCGCUGUGAUCCAGUUUGCCGUCGGGGAGCACCGAGCACAGGUCAGCGUGGAGGUUUUGGUAGAGUACCCUUUUUUUGUGUUUGGACAGGGCUGGUCAUCCUGCUGCCCGGAGAGAACCAGCCAGCUCUUUGAUCUGCCGUGUUCCAAACUCUCAGUUGGGGAUGUCUGCAUCUCGCUGACCCUCAAGAACCUGAAGAACGGCUCUGUUAAAAAGGGCCCGCCCGUGGAUCCCGCCAGCGUCCUGCUGAAGCAUUCAAAGACCGACAUCCUGGCAGGCAGCAGACACAGGUACGCCGAGCAGGAGAACGGCAUCAACCAGGGAAGUGCCCAGAUGCUGUCUGAGAAUGGCGAACUCAAGUUUCCGGAGAAAAUAGGAUUGCCCGCAGCGCCCUUGCUCACCAAAACAGAACCCAGCAAGCCCAUGGCAACGAGGAAGAGGAGGUGGUCGGCUCCGGAGACCCGCAAACUGGAGAAGUCAGAAGACGAGCCACCUUUGACUCUUCCUAAGCCUUCUCUAAUUCCUCAGGAGGUUAAGAUUUGCAUUGAAGGCCGGUCUAAUGUAGGCAAGUAGAGGCAGUGUGGGGAAAGGAAAUUCGGCUCUCCCUUAUCAUUUGUAUCCAGAUUACUGUACUGUAGGCUAAAUAACACAGUAUUUACAUGUUACCCUCUUUAGGUUUCUGUUCUAACCUUGUCAUUAGAGUUACAGCCGGCGGUGCGCAGGAGAUGGGUGCACUUGCUUUUCCGGGAGUGUCUGGCAGUGACAGUGGCAGGUUGGGGGGUGGAGGGGGGACGGCCAGGGCAGGCCACCCCCCCCUCCCUCCCCGCGCAGGCUCUGGGGCGUCCUGGUAGAAACGAAAUGUGGCUUCCGAGCACCUGCCUUUUCCAGCCACACAGAAGCCUCCACCAGGCGCUGACUUCCGCCGCUUUCCCAGAGAAGUUCUGCGGGGCAGGGAGCAGUCCGGGGUGCGGACGUGCGCGCGUGCGUGUGCUCCCGCGGGGGUGCGUGCACGUGGGGGGCACAGGUGCAUGGCCAGGGAGGUUCCCCUUCCCUCUGCCUCCCUCCGGCCCACUCUCUCCGGCCCUCAGCGUGGGACUGGAGGUCCAGGGGGAAGGUCCUGGUGAGGUUCUCCCGGCAAAACCAACACAGGAACUCAGCAGGGCCCGAUCGGGGGCCUCACUCAGACAGCAGAUGGGAAGCUAACCGUGCAGAAGAUCCUUCCCCCCCCCACCCACCAACAUAUUUUACAAUAAAAGCAACUUUUAAUCCUAUAGAUAUAUAUUUCCCCCUAUGGGGCCUGACUGCACUGAUAUUUUUUUAGAGCAACUGCCACACGUGGGAUUUCGUUUCUGCUUUACUAGCGCAGUGAUGUCUCCGGGGUGUCCCGGUGGGCUGGGCAGCUCCUGCUGGCCAGUGCCCCGCACGGUGGGGAGUGGGGGUGGGUGGGGCGGCGGCCGGGGUGGCAGAGGGCGGACACCCACUCUGGAUUCCGUGCAGUGUUAGGAAAACCAAUCAGGUUAUCACUUUGACUUCGCUCCCAAGAGGUAGGCGCGAACUGCCCUUCAGAGAGCCGCGGGAGCUCUUGCAUUGGGUUUGCAAAUCUCGUCUUUUAACUUUAGUACUGUUUAUAGUUCAUGACUAUGGACAACUCGGGUGCCACUUUUUUCAGAUUCCAGUGUGACUGAGGAAUUAGAUUUUGAAGAUGAGCAUAUAUAUUACUAUCUCUAAGCACUUAAAAUGCUGUUCACACUUUAUUACCAAGCAUCUUGGUCUAUCAUUCAACAAGUACUGUAUCUCCCUUUAAACUCUUUGGGAAGAAAAAAACAAAACAAAACAAAAAAACUAAGUUGCUUUCUUUUUUUUUUUCCAACACUGUAACUACAUUUCAGCUCUGCAGAGUUUCUCACGAGCAAGAUAUUGGAAGUUUCAAUGUGGUUUAAAGGGGUGAAUGUGAAUUAUGAACUAGUACGUGACAAUGGCCACCGAGUACCGCCUCACAGAAGGCACUUUUCACUUUGAUGUUUGAGAAAGAAUUAAAGGCCUAUGCAGAGCUGGCAGAGAAACUGAGAGAAAAGGAAUGGAAAAAAGAAUACUCAUUUUUGUCCAGUGUUUUUCUUUUUAAGAUGAACUUUUAAAGAGCCUUGCAAUUUGCACAUCUUGAGUUUAUGAUUUGUGUGAUAUUCCUGCAGUUUUUAUCCAAUAACAUUGUGGGAAAGGUUUGGGGGACUUAACGAGCAUAAAUAAAUGUAGCAAAAUUACUUUCUAACCUGCCUAAACUCUAGGCCGUUUUAUAAGGUUAUGUUCCUUUCAAAAUUCAUUUUGGUCUUUCUACCACAUCUGUCACAAAAAAAAAAAAAAAAAAAAAAAAAAAAAAAAAAAAAAAGGUCAUAGCAGGACAACUCUGAGAAUUUUCUUCAGACUCAUUAAGAAAGUUUUCCAUAAAGACAUUUAUAUAUGUGAUCAAGUUUUUUUAAAAAAAUUACUUUAUCAUUGUUGAAAUUACUGUUAUUUUCAGAAUGACUUUUUUUUUUCCACCGGAAAUCAAAUCAAGAUUUUCAUGUUUGGUACAAACCCAGAAAGGGUAUAUUUCACAGUUUAAAAUUUUCAUCCCCAGAGACCUGAAACAUUGUUUGUGGGUUUUGAGUGAGUGUCUUAAAGUGCUUUUUAAAAAAAUAGUUUUAUAAGUAGGGAGAAAUUUUUAAAUAUUCUUACUUGGAAUGGCUGCAGUCUCUCUGAACAAAUACUAAGUACUUAAUUGGAUUUUUCUUUUACCACUGAAAGGAGUACUUCUUGCAUUUCACAAAUUUGAAAAAAAAAAUUCUGAUGUCGACCCACAUUUUGGCUGUCGAGUAUUUCAUUAUAUUGAGCUCUCACCAGAACUAAUGAUAUUUAUAAACCGUUUUCUGGGGUGUACCAAAAACAUUUGAAUAGGUUUAGAACAGCUAGAACUGGUCCUUGACUUUCUGUGGAUUUCAUUACCCUCUCAGCAUGCUGACAGAGAGCUGGGUGAGCCCAUACUUGGGGUCAUACUGCUUAUUUAGUGCUGUAUUUUUUUUUUUUUUUUUAACGUUUCUGCUCAGAGAACUUGCUUAAUCUUCCAUAUAUUCUGCUCAGGGCACUUGCAAUGAUUAGGUUUUGUUUUUCUUUUCCUUCUGUAACCUUUGAUGGUAAGAGGAAUACGGGGCUACCAUAUAGAGACUCUGUCCUCAUCAGUACCACUAUUUACAGAAACUCACGUGGACGCAGAAACACACACACACACACACACACACACACCACCUUUCAGUUUAACUUCCAGUACUGAACUAACUGGAUCCUCAACACCCGACACUAAAAUGGGAAAACAUACAUGGUUUGCAGCAAUAGGAACAUCACCAUUAAUUUUUGUGCUUCUAUUUCAGGUAUAGGAAUAACACAGUCAUGGGUUCUCUCUAAACAUUGUCCCAUUUCAUUCUCUUGGCUUUUGUAGCACGUGCAAUACCUCCCGUGCCAAGAGGCCCGACCAGUGUGCUCUAGGGAACACUCAUCCCCUGUUGGGCCCAUCAUCCCUGUUCUGGCCAGAGAGGGGCUGGAGGGGAGGAACCAGGAAGGGGAGAGCUUCCCACAGCGAGCUCCCGCCCAGGAUGUGGAGGGCUGGGGCUGGGGCUGGGAGCUUUCGGGAGCCCCUUGUGUCUGUCACCACGUUGCGGAAAAGAGCCACUGGAGGAGAGCAAGGGAUGAGCUGCAGUCUCCCCGUGGCCACGAGGAAUAGUGUGCAGUAUGGAGAGGGCAGAGGCAGGUUCGUUUCUCAGGUGCCCCCAGGAGCAACUAGAACCAGGAUCGACCCAUUCCAUCUCCACGGUGUUUUCCAGAGCGGGCAGGUUCCUCCUUCCUCGGUCUGUGUCCUUGAUGCUUUGAGCCGUUCCUCUGGGCAUGGACAGGAAGUGUGGCCCGAUGUGUGUGUGUGCUUGUGUGUGUGCACGCUGUGAACAUGCGGCCAGUGGCCAUGGAGGGGCCACCUGCAAACAAUGGUUACCGGUCCUCUGCGGCAGCUUUCUCUUCAAUAGGAAGAACAUCCAGAGGACAGGGAACCUCGUCUCGUUGGCAGACAUUGGUGAGCCCGGGGUGGCCUUGGUCCCCACUCCUGUGUAGCAAACCUAACAAUGACAGGCGUAGAUAUUCUCCGCUGCCGAAAAGCUUAACGAGGAUCAGCCAUGUGCCUCUGUACGGUGUCCACGUUGCAAUAGUUAGCCAUCUUUAGUUCUUUCUUUCUCUCCUGUUUUCCAUUUCUAAAGUACUAACAGCAGGCCUUUUGCGUUUACAACGAAACACAAUCACCAAGAAAUCAGUCAGGGCGAAAAGGAAAAAAAAAAAAGAAAAGAAACCAACAAACAGGAACCUCUCUUUAUAGGGAUUUCUAAAUACGUUAAAUGACUGUUCCUUAGGAUGUCUCACUUAAGAAUCAUUUCAAGUUUGUUUGGGCCACAUUGGGGAGGGGGUGGGGGAUACAGAGUAGGAUGCCACUUACCUCAAACCUUGUAAAGUGGAAAUCCAAAUUGCAUUUUUGUUCAGACUUGGGGAUAAUUUUCUAUGUCGGUCAGUUUUUUGGUGUCCCCCCCCCCCGCCCCCGCCAACUCAACCUGGCCUGGUAUGGGAUUUUUUUUUUUUUCUCCCGUGGCUGUUGAUCCCCAUUGCUGACUCUGAAUGGUGCCCCUGUGUUUUCUGUUAGGUGAGUGUGUUGCGCUUUUCUCCCCCCACGAGGAAGUGGCAGCAUCCCUCUUCUCUCCCCUACAAGGAACUCUGCGAAACCUUUCUCACCUCUUACUCAGGGACGGGGCUGGCGUGUGUGUGGCACACUGGUGUGUCCAGAAGCAGCAUUUCGCCUGCUCUGGAGUACGGUUGCAUAACUCCGAGGAAUGUGUAGAUUUCCUGCAUCGUGUGGAUUACCCCUUAGAUACGGCAUACAUUGCAAUAUCAUGCUGCGUGUUCAUGAGGAACAGUAGCUCCUAGUAAUCAUAAAAUUCACUCUUUGCACAUAGUUUUGAUCUUUACUGAAAUGUGUUGCCAAAAUUUAUUUUUGUUGUUGUCGCUUUGGAAUUCUUUUUGUUUGUUUGUUUUUUAAGGAAACAAUUGACAGUACCCUUUUAACAUCCGUGACUGCUAAGGAAACCUAUUUCUUUCGUAGAGAAAAAAAAAAAUCUCAAAAUGCUUUUGAAGACACUAAUGCCAUGCUAUUUCAGAUGUGGGAGAAGCAGCAGAGCUCUUGGGACGGGAGGCCAGGCUUUGUGAGCUGUGCUGGUUGUCAUGGCUACCGUCUCCGGAACCCACAAGCAGCUCGACAAACUGGUCUGUUCUCUCCCAGAAGGCUUUGCACUUCUGUUUCCUAGUCACCCACGAUGAUUCCAGGUGAAAGACGGGCCGGCCGUCUCAAUCCAGCGCCCAAUCCAGCGCCUUCGGUGGGGAUCUAAAAGGAAAGGAAGUUACGCUUUCUUUUUUAAAGUGGACUGGAAGCCUUUGCUUCCACCUUUGUGUUUUUAACCCAGAAUUUCUGAAAUAGAGAAUUUAGGAACACAUCAAGUAAUAAAUAUACAGAAAAUAUACUUUUUUAUAAAGCACAUACGUGCAUAUGCUAUUGUGUUGGGUUGGUUUCCUCUUUUUUUCACGGACAGUGUUGUGUUUCUGUUGAUAGGGAAAUUCCAAAGAAUUUGCACACCUCCACUCCGGAGCUGAGAUUUCUUUUACAUAGAUGACCUCGCUUCAAAUAUGUUACCUUACGGGAUAGGAUCUUUUCUUGUAGCACUAUACCUUGUGGGAACUUGCUUUCUCUCUCUCUCUCUCUCUCUCUUUUUUUUAAUGUACACCUAAUUUGAGAAGCUGAAGAAGAAAAAAUUUUGAAGCACUCAUUUUGAGGAGUACAGGUAAUGUUCUUGAAAAUUGCACAAAAGAAAAAUGAAUGUCGAAAUGAUUCAUUCAGUGUUCUAAGACAUGGAUCUGUUGAAACAAUGAGUUUCAUACCCUGUUUGUAAAAAAAAAAAAAAAAAAAAAAAGCAUAAAGGUUGAAAGUUACAUGUUUGGGGUUUUUUUUGGUUUUGUUUUUUUUUUUUUUUUUUUUGGUUUUGUUUUUGUUUUUUGUAUAUAGAAAACUGUUUUGUCUCAAAUAAUCAGAUUUGUGAGGUUAUGGCCUGGAAGAAUUACUACAGAAAAGGCUCUUAAACUAUACCCACACUUCCUUUAUGUUUUUGUUACAUAGAGCCCUCUUCUGAGGGAGGGCAACUCUGUAUUCUGCAAUUUGAGAAUACUGUUCAUUCCUGUGCUGAAAGUACUUCUCUGAGCUCCUUUCUUGGUUUAAACUCUCAAGUCCUUGCAACUCCUUUUUUCUUCAGAGAUCACUUUUGACAUGCUCCGCACUUCUUGUUCCAAUAAACCCAAAGAAUAUAAUCCUGAACAAGAAGUGUUUGUAACAAGAGAUCCUAGCUACCAGAAAAACAGAACUCAUUAUGAGGACAACAAACAAACAAACAACGCUCAGUCUUCUUCCCCCCGCCCCCCGACACCUCAUUUAAAUGGGGGGCUCAAACAUGUACUUCAAUUUCAAUGCCUCGUUUUACUUUAGUUUGGGGGUUUUUUUCCUUUAAUCUUGAGGCUAAAAUCAAUGUAGAGCAACUUUUCAGAAGAGUCCCAUUUUGUCUCCAAAUCAAGGCAGCCAGUGGAAACUGGACAGCCGCGCGGGAGCAUUAAAUACACCCACAUACAGUUCUUAAAUUCAGGAUCUCAGCCCCUCCCUUACUCUUUAAAAUGCAAGGCUUCUGGUAGCUGACGUUCACCUGUACGAUGACGGGAGUGGACAGUGGCUUCAGCUUUUCAUGUCCUUCGUGACUUGCAUACAAACGGUUCAGCUGUAUUAAAAUUAAGUGCAUUUGGCCGAUAGGUAGUAGGUAUACGGUAAGGGUCUCUAAGAAUUUCCGUAACUUUUCUUAUCUGAAAGGACUUAAGUCUUCCACUGCAGAUAAUUGGAGACUUUGCCCGUUUUC